ACGCCAGUAGGAAGACACAAACUCAGUCUGUGCUGGGUACGGCUGCUGGCUGUGGCGCUUGUGGAAGAUAAGUAUGGCUACUAAUGUUAAGGAUAAAGACGCGUAUCUAAGGCUCAACUUUCUUUACCAGGCAGCUCACUGUGUCCUGGCUACAAAUCCUGAGAAUGUAGAGCUAGCACGUUUCUACUGUCACACAGAAAAGAACAUUUCUAAGCGCCUUGUCCUGAGACAGGAUCCCUCUGUGAAAAGAACCAUUUGUAAGAAAUGCUGCUCUCUGCUGGUUCCUGGUGUGACUGCAACAGUGCGACAGAGAAAGUGUAGACAACGGCAGCGAAAAACUGUGGUGCGGUGCCUUUCCUGUGGGAAAACGAAGCAAUUCCUCAAUAAUCCCAGUUAUGUCCUAUGGGGGGAUCGACCCGAGUCCCAGCCACAGUAUCCGCAGAGUCAAUCAAAACAAGUGGCCACCCAGAAACCACCAGUAAAUUCCAAAACUGCCCGCUGAAGAUAAAUAGCUUUAUGGCUGAAUCUUUUUUAAUGCAAGACUCUGAACAUGACACAAUCAAAUUUUUUGUGUGUUUGUUAGAUUGCUUCUCACCAUGUUUAUUUUAUAAUUUGGUCACAACUGAAAAAGAUGAUCCUGACUAAAUAAGCAGUGCCCAUCCAUUGUAAUUUUAGAUUUCAAAACAAAAUAGAAUUUUAUCACAAUAUGUUAUCAAAUGUUUAUUUUUCUUAUAACACUGCUGUGAAUUGUGUAGCAGAACAUGGUAGACUUCCAUCAAUAUUUGAGUCAUUUUUUUUUUAGAUGUUCUUAAAGUGCUUAUGUGAAUAUAUAACCAUUAACUCUGUGACAUGGGUAAUAAAAAUAGUUUAUUCUCCUAUCAGGCUACCUGUGCGGAGGACUAGUAUUGCCAAAGGAGGAUAUUUAGCCAUCAUUCUGCUGUAUUUUAUCCUGAUCUGUCGGUAUACAAAUGCUGUUUCAACUGAAGAUGAAAUCUGUUUUCACUCCUGUAUUCUUUUUUUAUUUUACAGGAAAUUAAAGUAAGUUGGUCUAUUA